AUGGAGGAAAUACAUGAGAAGCUUGGCAACCUUCUUCUCAAGGGCUGGACAAUGCUCGGAAAUUCCUGUCCACAAUGCAUGGAAACACCUUUAAUGAGGAGUAAAGACAAGAAGAUUUACUGCGGCAAGUGCGAUAUUUAUCUUUCCCAUGAUAUGCAAUCAGUUGAACAUGAUAUCAAGCUUGAUCAUAGAAUGGAUAAUGAACCAAUUGUUAACGAGGAUCGCCCUAAAAUGUUGGAAUUCAAACCUUAUGAUAAUCUGAUGAAAAUAACAAAAAUUUCAAUGAAUGAUGACAGUAUUCACAGACCGAAUUGGGAUCCGGAUAAAUACUUUACUAACAAAAUCGACCCCAAACUUAAAGAUACUGUGAUAUGUAUAAUAUCUAAGAGAUUGGAAAAAUAUAUGGAUUUAUUGGAAAAUACAGGAUGUGAUUCGUUGGUGGACAUUGACAAGGAAUCACAACUUAUAUCUCUAAUAAAUAACUCUGUGUCUAUACUAGCACAAAUUAACUCAAUGAAAUAG